CAAUAAGAUUGAAGCAAAUUUGUUUGGCAAUGACCAAUCCCUUUCUCCACAUUACAUGGUCCUAUCCUAUCUCUUAACAUGUCUUUGUUUUGAUCACUAAACUUGGUCACAUCAAACCAUUACUUCGCAUUUUUUCUUUUUCUCUCAACCAACUUGGAGGAGGGGUCUCUCCUUCUCCUUUCCCACUCCAAAAAGAUUCCAAAGGACAAUUCAGCUCCAGCCUAAUUAGUGACCAACCACCUUCCUCUUCUCCUUCCUUCCUAUAAGUCUUAACUUCCUCUAUAUCUAUCCCACAGAAUUUGUCAUUAGUACUACUAAGUUCAAGAAAUAAUACCCAUCUUCACAUUUGUUCAAAUUUCAAGAACAAUGCCACCGGUGCACUCUAGCCCUUAUUUCCAAAUGGAUAAUCCGGCCAUUAUAUCCUUACUCCGGCAAACCGCCAGCGAGAAACGUUCGAAAUCUAGCUCUGGUGGACUUCUUAAAAUGUUCAAGCUCUUCCCUAUGUUAACUUCAGGUUGCAAAAUGGUUGCACUUUUAGGUAGGCCUAGAAAACCUUUACUAAAAGAUAAUGCUACUACAGGAACACUUUUUGGUUAUCGCAAAGGGAGAGUGAGUCUAGCCAUACAAGAGGAUCCUCACUGCGUGCCUAUGUUUGUUAUAGAGUUACCAAUACAUACGACAUUGUUUCAUAAAGAAAUGGCGUCGGAUAUAGUAAGACUUGCAUUAGAGAGCGAGACGAAGACUCAUAAGAAGAAAUUAAUGGAAGAAUUUGUAUGGGCUGUGUAUUGCAAUGGAAGAAAGAUAGGGUAUUGUAUUAGAAGGAAGCAAAUGUCCGAUGAUGAGCUUCAUGUUAUGCAGCUACUGAGGGGCGUUUCGAUGGGUGCAGGGGUGCUUCCAAGUCCAAAUGAAAAGGAAACGGCCGAUGGUGAAUUGACGUAUAUAAGAGCAAGGUUUGAAAGAGUUGUGGGAUCUAAAGAUUCUGAAUCUUUCUACAUGAUUAAUCCAGAUGGUGCAGCUGGCCCUGAAUUGAGUCUUUUCUUUGUAAGGGCUCAUUAGAUUACUUAAUUAUUGGCUAUAUAUAUAUAUAUCUAAACUUGACUUUGAUUGCUUGUUUAUUCCUAAGAGGAAAGAAAUUUGUGUGGUUUUGAAAUUCUGCAGUUUAAUCUUUUUUUUUUUUUUCUUUUUAGAGUUUCGUAGGUAUUUUUAGUGUUAAUUAAUCAAAUUAACAUGUAUAAUUGCCUACCCAGUUUCCUGGAAAUUGUUUUCCUUUCAGAAAUAUAUAUAAUCAUAUCUGAGCAGAUAUAUGUGCA